UCACGAUCCACAUGUGACGGGCGUCCUCACGGCCAGAGCAUCCAGCCUCGCUGCCUCCCUCUCUCCCUCCCUCCCUCCGCCGAUCUCCCCGUCAGAGAUGAAACGGGGGAGCGUGUGACUGUGGGACAGAGGAGAGGCGGAGGGAGGAGGUGAGAGGGAGACAGAGGGAGGAGAGAGUAACACUCAGACAAUCCCCUGCGUGUUAGAGAGAGGUAGAAACAAGAGGAGCUGGCCGGGAAACAAUAGUAGAACAAAUCCAGUGUUGCUUGCAAGAUCUCUGCCUCUCAGCUGACUGCGACUGAAGACCAAGAGGGACUGAGACGGCGAGGGAUGGAGUGGCCCGACUCUCCUGCCACCUGCCUUCCCUACGUCACCCUGACCUUCAAUCUUCAUUCCUCCAGUAGGAACAAAGACAGAGCCUGUCCUGUGUGAGACUUCUCUGAAUCCCGUCAGAAAGCGUUAGAGAGGCUGUAGUCAAGAACCGUGACACAUUGGCCACCGCCUGCAGCGCCAGGAGCCUCCGGGUGUCCCAGUCAUGAAACCGUCCAUCUCCACCGGCCCUCCUUCUAGACUCCUGCUGGUCCUGAUGUGUUGUCCUCUGCUGGGCUUCGUCCAGUCUGCCAGCAGCAGCAGCAGCAACAAGGCUGGCGAUAAGGGACACCAGCAGCUGGUCGACACCGACCCAGAUCGCUGCAUGAGGCACCACUUUGUGGAGACCAUCACACAUCCUAUUUACAAAUGCAACUCUAAGAUGGUGUUGCUGGCGCGAUGCGAGGGCCACUGCAGCCACACCACCCGCUCAGACCCGCUCAUCUCCUUCAGCUCCGUGCUCAAGCAGCCCUUCAAGAGCUUCUGCUCCUGCUGCCGACCACACACCUCCAAGCUGAAGGCGGUGAGGCUUCGCUGCGCCGGCGGGACUCGCAUUACGGCCACCUACAGAUACAUCCUAGCCUGCAACUGUGAGGAGUGCAGCUGAGUAGGCGGCAGUUCCCCCCAAGGCCCCAGCCCCCCAAAGGCUCUCGUUUUUCUUGGCCUCGGACCUCGUUCUGAAACUGUUCGGAAUGCUCCAAUAAUUUUUGGAUAUAGAGUUAUGCUCCAAAAAUGCUGGACGUUAACAGUUUGGAGGAAUCAAAUCCACCCUCCUCCCCCCUUCACGUGCUCCUAAUAACUGACCCACAGCUCUGGGACACAUGUAGAACGCUCCAUACCUUCUCCAUUAUAAGUGCUUUCAAUCACGACGAGCCAUGCAAAGCAUAUUUCUUCGGCUCACAAGGCCAAACACCGCAAACUGCUGAUCCCGGGGGCAGGUUUGAGACCCUUCCCCGCCUGAGAGACACACUCCGCUCAUUACAGGCCUCAGUAAUCCAUCCACACACACACGCUCUCAAACUGCAGUGUGGYGCUUCGAAGAAUCUGUGACAGCUAAGCGAACCCCUCCCACACGUUUGACAACAAGACAACACGCCUCGUUAAAAUGCAGCAAUGGAAAAGGAUGAGGCCUCCCCAGACGCACGGUGGAACUAUACAGGAACAUCUGCACUGUUACUCAACCAAUAACAUUUACACACUUCCUGCAGACCUUCAUGUAGCUGUGUAAAACUUCACUGUCGCUUACAGGAGAGCUCAUCAUGUAGACGUUCUAGGAGAAACGGAGGGCAAAGGGAACCCUGAGGUUAAAAACACAGCCAAGGACGAAGGCGUAAGCCCACCUGUGGGUGUUGGUUUGGACUCUCCCUAGACUGUCACUUAUGUUAGUGUUCAUAAUCUCUACCUGAGUCUUUGUGAUGUUCACGUCAGCGUUGUUGUAACCGCAGCCUCCGUCAUGCCAGGUUGAUAGAGUGCCUUGCAAAAGAAUUUAUUUCCCUUGAACUUUUUUUCACAUUUUGAAAUUGAGAUUUUAUGCGAUAGACAUAAGAAGGCAAAUGCGACCCAAAUCAAAUGAUGGAGCUGGUGUGUGCCCCAGAGCAGCUGUGGCUACAAUCCAGUAGCCACAUGAGUGUACAGAAAAGCUUGAUUUUGUUGCCCCUAACAGCAGAUAUAAGGAAGACUGUAGAUGUUAGCUUCAGGUCUAGUGGUAAGAUGGUUUCCAUUGUACCUAUUAAUGCAGACUUAGGUAUAUUUGAUCUUUGAACUAUUAAGAAAAGAAGUUAGAAGCAAUUUUAGAGUAUUCCUACAGACCAUCAGAACUGGUGCAGCACACACCGCCUCCUGACUCUAGAACACCUCUGGGGUCAAUCAGAGGAGAGACUGUGAGCCACAGGCCUUUUUGUCCGACAUCAGUGUCUUACCUCUUCGAUGCUGUUAUGAAAAAAUGGUCGAAGAUUCCCGUCAACACACUCCUGUACCUUGAGGAAAACCAUCCCGGAGGAACUGAAGCUGAAAUCAUUUCGAUGGCUGGGCCGACAUCGCUGUCAAACCGUCUGGAGUAAGAAUGCUCUGCAGCUCGAGUCCACCUGUAGAUGAGCAAAAACAUCUGGCAAAAUACUGCAGCUGAAGCUCAGUCAGAUUGGAAAUAGGACAUCUGUGAAGCAAUCUUUAAGUCUUGCCACAGAUUAUCUAUUGAAUGUGGGUCUGGACUUUGACUGGGCCAUUUAAACCAAUGAAUGUGCUGCGACCUGAACUGUCCCGCUGUAGUUCUGGCUGGAUGUUUUCGGUUGUCAUCAUGGAAGAACGUUCUGCGAGGUUCUGACGGAGCAGGGCUGAAUACAAACGCAGCAUUUUCUUCCAUUUCAUAUUUAUGCACUAUUUUGUGUUGUUCUAUCACGUAAAAUCCCAAUAAAAUAUAUUCAAGUUUGUGAUUAUAAUGUGACAAAAUGUGAAAGCGGUAUGAAUACCUGUACAAGGCACUGUACAAUUGCUGCUAUUGCCUGUUGUUUAUUGUUACUCCUUCCAUGUUAAAUCAGCGCUACGGUUGCUCUGCCAAUGUCUGUGUUGCUCGCGAGUAUUGACCUUACAGCCAACGUCGAAUACAAAACUUUAAACUCCUGCACAUCUCCUUCUGUCUGUGUGAGACUCGUUCAGCCUUCAGUCUCUGGUCAGUGUAUCCAAGUGUAAAAAUAUGUCAGUGUUCAAAUUGUGGUUUUUGUAUAAUUAAAACUCUGCAACCACAA